AUGGGCGGGGGGCGCCCCCUGCUGGGCGGAAGAGCGCGGUGCGGGGGGGUGAGACCCCCUCCGAGGUACCGGGACCGCCCCAACCGAACCGGAGCCCUCGUGUGCAGGUGGUACCGGGGGACUGGGAUGGCCCCCGUGGGCACCAAACCGCCACUCAUACCUGAGCUCACACCUGAGUUCACACAUCUGCCCCGGGCGGCCCAAAUACACCCGCGGCACGAGUUUCACCUCGGGACAGUGCGCAACGUGCCCACUUCAAAGAUGGCAGCGGCAGCGUCACCCGCCUCGGAUAACGGGCGGAAGCGAGUCCGGGCGGAAGCGAGUUUGGGCGGAAGUGAGUCCGUCCCGAAUUGGGUCCCCCGCAGCCGGAUGCGCAGGGCCUGGAGGCGCAGCGGAAUGGAGGCCGGAGGCCACGGGCAGGAGGCCGAGGCGGGCGGCCAUGGCGGCCACAAGAAGAAACACAAGAAGCACAAAAAAAAGCACAAGAAGCGGCACCACCACGAGACAGGGCCGCCCCCCGCUCCCGAACUCCCUCGGCAGCCCCGGCUGCGGCUCCGGAUUAAGCUGGGAGGGCAGAUCCUGGGUACAAAGAGCGUCCCCACGUUCACGGUGGUCCCUGAAGGGACACACUCGCCGUCCCCACUGCUGGGAGGAGACGAGGAGGAGCCCACCGAGGGGGUCCCCAUCGAGCAGUACCGAGCCUGGCUGGAUGAGGACAGCAACCUGGCCCCCUCCCCACUGCCCGAGCUGGACCCCGAGAAAGAGGAAGAAGAGGAGGAGGAAGAGCGACGCUGGCUGGCAGCCCUCGAGAGGGGAGAGCUGGACGACAACGGUGACAUCAAGAGGGAGGUGGACGAGUCCCUCCUGACAGCCCGGCAGCGUGCGCUGCUGCACAAGCAGCAGAGCCAGCCCCUGCUGCAGCUGCCCAUGGGCGCCAAGGCCAAGGAGGUGACGGAGGAGAUGCGGGAGAAACGAGAGGAGCGGGCGCGGCGCCGGCGGCUCCAGGCUGCCCGCAAGGCCGAGGAGAGCAAGAACCAAACCAUCGAGCGCCUGACGCGCACGCACAAGGCCAAGGUGAGAGCCCUGCGUGAGCGCCGCGCCCGCCCCGCGCCCUGCCCCGUGGUGCACUACCGCAGCGCCGCCGACGGCGUCACCGUGUCCUUUCCCGUGGGGCUGCCCCUGCCGCUGCCCCCCGCCACCGCCCCGCCCGUGCCCCCCACCCAACCCUGCGCCGUGCCCGGCUGCCACAACCCCAAGCGUUACAGCUGCGCCCGCACCGGGCGCCCCCUCUGCAGCCUGGGCUGCUACCAGCGCAACCUGCAGCUGCGACCGGGGGGUGGUGGGGGACCCGGCUCACCUGUGCUGCCUGUCUGA